UUUAACUUAACACAGUCACAGUUGUGCUGUUGCUCUCUCGCUCUGUCUCUGUCUCUAGAGCUGCUGUCCUCCUAAGGCAGUGUGCCGGGGGUGGCCGAGAUCAUCUGGUGUGCCGUGGAAAAUUCUAGAAUGUACAUAGACUGUACAUUCUUAGUAUAGGCACUAGUGUUUUAUUUUCAGUUAGCAUUUACAGUUGGAGGUGUUCCUUGGCACCGUCUCCUCGGAAAAAGGUACCUUGGCUCAAAAAAGGUUGAAAACAGUUGUUCUGUUGCUCUCUCUCUCUCUCUCUCUGUCUCUGUCUGUGGUGCUACUGUCAUCCUGAGGCACCAUGACAGACUCGGGCUUCCCGGAGACGUGUGCCCUGUGCAUGGACACCCUGCGGGACCCCGUCACCAUACCGUGUGGGGACACCUACUGCCUGGAGUGCAUCAAGAUCUACUGGGACCAGUACGACCACGUGGGUGUCUACAGCUGCGCCCAGUGCCGCGCCACCUUCACCCCGCGCCCGGUCCUGCGGCGCAACAUGCCCAACGUGGGCUCCCCGGACCCGCGCGACCCCCAGACGCCCCUUCCCCAGCUCACGCCCUUCCCGUACCUGAAGCGCGACUCGCUGUGCGACUUCUGCACGGGGCGGCGCAGCAGGGCGGUGAAGUCGUGCCUGGUGUGCCUGGCCUACUACUGCGAGACGCACAUCAAGCCCCACUACGAGUCGGCCACCUUCAAGCGGCACAAGCUGGUGGACGAGACGGGCCACCUGGACCGCAAGAUCUGCCCGCAGCACGAGAAGGGGCUGGAGCUGUUCUGUCGCUCCGACCAGAUGUGCGUCUGCGUGCUCUGCACGGUGCGCGAGCAUCGGAGCCAUAACAUAGUGAGUGCAGAGGAGGAGAGAACAGACAAACAGAAAAUUCUAGUAGUCACACAGUCAGAUGUUCAACAUAUCAUCCAAGAGAGGAUGAAGGAACUGCAGGAGCUUCGCCACAAUGUUGAGUUGCUUAAGGGGAAUGCCCAUCGAGCACAGGGGGACAGCGACAAGAUCUUUAACGAGAUGCUGCAGGCCGUGGAGCGCUGGCACGCGGAGAUCAGCCAGCUCAUUCAGGCCAACCUGCAGGCCUCCAUGGCACAGGCCCAGGGCUAUGUGGAGAGGCUGGAGCAGGAGAUUAUGGAGCUGCAGAGGAGAGACUCGGAGCUCCGGCAGAUACUGGACACUGAGGACAACAUCCACUUUCUGCAGAAUUUCCCCACGCUGUCCGUCGCUCCUGAGCCCAUGGUGCCUAAGGUCCUGAUCAACCCAGAGUUCUCCUUCGGCGAGAUCACCAAGACCGUCACAGACAUGAAGGAGCACCUGGAUGACACCUGCAAGAAGGAGGUCGGCACAAUCUCAAAAACAGUGAGCGACACUCCAGUUUAUGUCCUUGUACCAAGAGCUGGGGGACGCUUAAAAGCUCCUGUAAGAGCGGACUUCCAGCAGCCAAAGAACAGAUCAGACUUCUUGAGAUAUUCCUUUAGCCUCACAUUUGACCAAAACACAGCUUACAAAGAGCUGGCUCUGUCGGACAACGGCCGCAAGGUGAUGAGGAAGAAGACGGUUCAGUUCUACCCCAACCAUCCGGACCGCUUCGACGGGUUCUGCCAGAUCCUCUGCAACGAGCCCCUCAGUGGGUUCCGGCACUACUGGGAGGUGGAGUGGACCGGCGAGUUCUCCAUCGGCGUGGCCUACAAGACCAUCAGCCGCAAGGGCAAGAGCUCCAGCAGCCUGCUGGGCUACAACGAGAAGUCCUGGAGCCUCCUGUGCUCCGACUCGGGUUACUCCGCCUGGCAUAACAAAGUCGACAAGGACUUGCCCCAAGCGCCCCGUGCAGGUCGCAUUGGUGUUUAUCUAGACUACGCAGGCAACACGGUGUCUUUCUACUCAAUCUCUGAGACCAUGGAUCUCAUUCACAAAUUUUCCGCAAAGUUUUCUGAAGCACUUUAUGCAGGUUUUGGGGUUGGCUCUUCUGUCACUAUCUGCACCUUGGAGAAGAACACCCGCCCUUACUAAUGAGUCGCAGAAAUAAGCAACAGUUUGGGCAAUCAAUAUCAUUAUGUCUUAUUUGAAAGUGCACUUUGCCAGUAGCUUAUGUUAUGUGUAUAAAAUUGACCGUAUGGACGUAUAAGUACUCUGGGACAUUACAGGGUUUUUUUAGCCAUAAAGUGAAAUGCUUAUUUGCCUGGUGAAAUGUUGCUUACUGCUAUGUUCUUUUCAGCUACAACAACAGGCAUGUAUUAAUAGGCCUAAAAGCUGAUUAUAUGAAAAUGUGUUGAUUUGUAAAAUACAUGUUAAAAAUGAAUGUAAAUAAAACAUGUAGGUAUAUGCAUGCAUGAAAAUGAAUAAAAUGCAACAAUAGCACAAAACUUUGGAUAGCUAUGAAUGGCAAAACAAAAAAAUGAGUCCUGUCCACCCCCCAGUUACAUUUC